AUGAUCUUUCUCUUUCUCCGUGUUUCCCUCUCUCUUCCUCCCUCCUUCUCUCUCCCUCUCCCUCCCUCUCUCCCUCUCUCUCACUCUCUAUCUAUCUAUCUGUCUAUCUAUCUACCUAUCUCACUCUCUUUCUCUAGUGUUAUUAGUCCUGUUUUUUUUUUCUUUCGUUACUGGUCAUCCCGUUUUCCUCUCCUGAGCCAAAUAAAUUGUUAUUCUUUCCUCUUUCUCUCUUUCUUCUAUUCUCUUUAUUUAUCUUUCUUUUUCUCUUUCUCUCACUAUCGUGUUAUUUCUUUCUCGCCUUGUAUCUCUUUCUAUUUUGUUAUCUCUUUCUUUCCCUCUCUUUCAAUCUCUUUCUUCGUCUCUAUAUAUCUUAAUAUCUAUUUAUCUUUUUUUCUCUUUCUCUCUCUCUUUCUCUUGCUGUCUAUCUGGGAAUUCAGAAUAUUCUAUUUACUUUCUCCCUAUGCCUGUAAGAGAAUCAUUGCUUUAUAUUCUUUUCUCGCUUCCUUUUCAUAUCUUUUGAACUUUUAUUCCUACUCCUUAUUUCUCUCUCUCUCUCUCUCUCUCUCUCGUUCUUUCUUCCCGUCUUUCUUUAUUUCUCUCUUUCUCUUUUGCUAUCUAUCGCUUUUUCUUUAUACUUUUAAGAGAAAGGUGUGUUACUUGUUUUAUUCUUCUUAUGACACUUUCCUUAUUUUCAUUUUAUCUCCUCUUCUUCCUUUUUCUCUUUCCUCAUCUGGACGAAUGAUUUUUUUAUUCCCUUUUUCUUCUUUUCGUUCUUGCUUAUCCAUCCUUCCGAAUUUAUUCUCUUUUUCUUUUGCUACGUUCAUAUCUUUAUUCUCGUUUAUUCCAUUUUAUUCUCGUUUUACCUGUUCUUCUUUUUUUCUCCCAUUUCUCUUCAUAUUUUAUCCAUUUAUCCGGAUUUUGCUCUUUUAUUCUCUCUCUCUCUCUCUCUCUCUCUCUCUCUCUCUCUCUCUCUCUAUUCUCCAUCUCUUUUUAUUUUCUCUCCUUUUACGCUCUUAUUGUAUAUCUCUUUUUUUCAUCUUAUUCAUUUUUUUAUCCUCUCCUUUUUUCCUCUGCAUUUACAUCCUUUUUUCCCAAUCAUUGCCUCUUUUAUUUUUCAAAUAUAUUUAUUUCUUAAUUGGUUUCUAG